CACCAGGAAACACCAGGAACCCGGGAAACACCGGGGAACAAACACCAGGGAACACUGGGAAACAGCAGAGAACGAACACCGGGGAACAAACACCGGGGGACAGCGAGGAACACCGGGAAACACCAGGGAACACUGGGGAACACCGGGAACCCGGGAAACACUGGGGAACAAACACCAGGGAACAGCAGGAAACAAACACUGGGAAACACUGGGGAACAAACACCGGGGAACACUGGGGAACACCGGGAACCCGGGAAACACUGGGAAACAAACACUGGGGAACAGCAGGAAACAAACACUGGGAAACACUGGGGAACAAACACUGGGAAACACCGGGAAUCACCGGGAAACAAACACCAGGGGAACACUGGGGAACACCAGGAACCUGGGAAACACCGGGGAACAAACACCAGGGAACACUGGGGAACCCUGGGAAUCACUGGGGAACAGCGGGAACAAACACCAGGGAACACCGGGGAACACCGGGGAACACCGGGAAACAGUGGAGAACACCAGGAAACAAACACCGGGAAACACCAGGGAACACUGGGAAACACCGGGAAACAGCGGGAAACAAACACCAGGGGAACACCGGGGAACACUGGGAAACAGCAGGGAACGAACACCAGGAAACACCAGGGGACACCAGGAAACACCAGGAACCCGGGAAACACUGGGGAACAAACACCAGGGAACACCGGGAAACACUGGGGAACACUGGGAAACAAACACCAGGGAACAGCAGGAAACAAACACUGGGAAACACUGGGGAACAAACACUGGGAAUCACCGGGAAACAGCGGGAAACAAACACCAGGGGAACACUGGGGAACAAACACCGAGAAUCACCAGGAAACACCGUGGAACACGGGGGAACAAACACCAGGAACACCGGGAAACAGUGGAGAACACCAGGGAACACUGGGGAACACCAGGAACCCGGGAAACACCGGGGAACAAACACCAGGGAAC